UUUAUUAUUCUAUGCCGUAAACAUCAACAAGGAUCGACAACCCUAGACCCUAGUUCAAUAGUAUAGUAUAUUUUAUUUUAGUAUAGAUAUUCUACACUGAUGACUGAGCUUUGAGCUUUGCAAAGACAUUCGUUAUCAAGAAUCGUGCAAAUUAUUUUCGGUUUUUUUUUUUAUGGGAAGCUGACAAAAUUUGCUAGUGUUCUAGUGGCCUCAUGGUUUCAUGUUCUUCUCUCCGACAUGGAUAUAGCCAAGUCGUUUUUUAACUCUAGACCGCACGAUGGUUACUCUGGCAAAGGCUCUACUAAUGAAGUUGAAACUGUUGUCUCUGAUACUGAGGAUGAAAUCGACGAGCUCUUCAAAAGCCAACUUUCAGAUGCUCCUCAAAUCACUCCAACACCUGGAGGGCCAUUCUCAGCUUUGACACCAUCAAUGUGGCCUCAAGAUAUUCUUUUAAAACUUGCUGAAUCCAAGGAAAACUCCAGUUCAGAUCAAGAACAGAGACUGCAAUGGACUGAAUAUACUUGUAGCACAGAACUCUCAUGGGAUGAUGAUACUUACAAGAUACCUCACUCUGAUAAGUUACGGCUAAUGGUCCAGAGAGGGAUCCCCCAUUCGCUUAGGCCUCACUUAUGGAUGCGGUUAUCAGGAGCUCUAGAAAAGAAACAUUGUAGUGACAUGGUUUACAAAGAUGUUGUCAAAGCAUCGAGUCACGAUUCACUUAUAUCUUCCAAUCAAAUUGAGAAGGAUCUGUUGCGAACAAUGCCAACCAACGCCUGUUUCUGCAGUAUAUCAAGCACUGGUAUUCCAAGAUUACGCAGGGUUUUGAGAGCUAUAGCUUGGCUAUUUCCAGAAGUAGGGUACUGCCAAGGAACAAAUAUGGCUGUUGCAUCUUUACUGCUUCUAUUGGAGGAGGAAGAUGCGUUUUGGCUAAUGGCAACUAUUGUGGAAGAUUUGCUCCCUGCAUCUUACUUCUCCUCUUCAAUGAUCGGUAUUCAAGCUGAUCAAAGAGUUCUAAGGUCUCUAGUCAGUAAUUAUUUAUCAGAAGUGGACAAUGUGCUAAAAAACCAUGAUAUUGAACUUUCUUUAAUUUCUCUUCAUUGGUUUGUUACAUUAUUUGCAUCUGUGAUUCACAUGAAGGUUCUUCUUAGGAUAUGGGACCUGUUUUUUCUAGACGGCUGCAUAGUAUUAUUCCAAGUCAGUUUAGGAAUGUUGAAAAUCAAAGAAUCGAUGCUGCAGAGUUUGGAGAAUGCAGCUGAUAUUUUUAACGCAUUGUCAGAUGUUCCUGGUAGCAUUUAUGAUGUAGAAGAGCUAAUCAGGGUCUCUUUUGAGGUAGCCUCAACAGUCAACCCCAUCAUGAUUGAUACUCAACGGAGAAAACAUCUGGCUUUUAUAAUGGCGGACCAAAAUGGAGCAGAUGGAAGCAUUGAUGCUAUUUCAAGUUUACCCAAGCAGCGGCUGAACAGAAGACAAUUCAAAAAAUCAAAGACUGUCAUGCAGCUGUUAUUAUUUGGCCUUGAAACUGAUGAAGAAGAUACCAAGAAUAAAAAUAUUCGCCAAACUGAAAUUUUAGUAGACUUAAGGCAGAGUAUACUUUUGGUUGCUCGGCAUUUUGGUUCUCUUGACCCAAAAUUUAGCAAAAUUACUCUUGUACCUGAUUAUUCACUUGACAGUCAUGCUAAAGAUCAUGAGGCUUUUUUAGACGUUUCAAGGAAUCGAAAACGAAGAGCAAAAGCACUAUUAGACUUUGAACGCAAUGAUGAUGAUGAACUUGGGUUUCGAAAAAAUGACAUAAUCACAAUAGUUAGCCAAAAAGAUGAACAUUGUUGGGUUGGUGAAUUGAAUAGCUUAAGAGGCUGGUUUCCUGCUAAAUUUGUCGAACUUCUAGAUGAGCGAAGUAAACUGUACUCUAGUGCCGGAGAUGAUUCAGUUUCUGAAACAAUCAUGCAUCUAAUAAGAGGCAAUCUUUGUCCAGCACUGAAACAAAUCCUUGAACAUGGAAUGAAAAGACCCUCAUUUUUAGGUGGUCCUUGCCAUCCUUGGCUUUUCAUCGAGGAAGCUGCAAAUAGGGAAGUAGAGAGAGACUUUACCUCUGUGUAUAGUAGAUUAGUGCUCUGUAAAACUUUCAGAUUAGAUGAAGACGGUAAAGUUUUGACACCUGAGGAGCUGUUGUACCGCUCUGUUCAGUGUGUCAACUUGUCGCAUGAUGCAUGCCAUGCUCAGAUGGAUGUCAAACUAAGGAGUUUAAUUUGCAUUGGUCUGAAUGAACAAGUGCUACAUCUGUGGUUUGAGAUACUAUGCUCAUCAAUGGACAUGGUUGAAAAAUGGUACUACCCGUGGAGUUUUGUUAGCAGUCCAGGUUGGGUUCAAAUUAAGUGUGAGUUGAGAAUACUGUCACAGUUUCCAUUUAGUCUGAACCCUAACUUCGAGAUUCCAGCGAAAAAAGAGCAAUCCCAGCCUUUAAAAGAUGGUGUCCGCGAUAUGCUUGUAAAACAUCACCUUUUCAGUUGGGAUUUAUAACAUUCGGGCAGAGCUCUUACUUCCAACACUUUGUAACUCCUCCUUUUUUCUCUCUCCUUUUUUAGCUCAAUUAGACAUCUGUGGGUUACGGCAGGGUUCCUACAUUAAAUUUUCGAAAAUCAGCUUUCAGCCGAAGAAGGAGCACACCUUUUUUUACCCAUACAACUUGAUUUUCACAUCAAAUUCACAUCACCCUGGGUUAGGGAAUAAUUUGAAAUUGCGAAAGCGACCAGGAAGAGUGAGAACUUGCUCACUGUUCAAACAGAAAUAGAUAUUGCAUCAACCUACUCAUAAGGAAAUGCUGCUGUCUAUGCUUCAAUGAGUCCAAUGUGGACGUGCAAGUGAAUUGACCCGCACACUAGACCACGAUCAGCUGAUUUACAUAAGAGUGAUAAUAACGUGUUUCUGUACCUUGUAAUGUUUUAUAUUCAUGUAUUCAAUAUUGACGGCAUCAAGUAAUCUUGAUGUUACUUUGUGUAUGUGUGAAAAUUUUGCUCUAAUGAUAGCUCAAGCCAAGAAACAUAAGUAAAAAUACGUAUACCAUACCUUGGUGCAUUCACUACGUGUUACAUGAAGAUCAUUGUUGAAAAUAGAGGUAAUGAGACAAGAAAAUUCUUAGUUUGCGAUGUCUCAAAAUUUGUUCUCUCUUUCUAUUUUCUGAAGGAAAUGAACAAUGUUUGUUUUAUUUUGUAUAUCAAUCUUGUAAACAUUAAAAGGUCAAUGAAGUAAGCUUAUGUAAAACUUCCAGAAACAAGAGCAGUUGAUUGUCCAGUAUUGAAGUAAAAUGGGACGAGAAGUUUGCAACCCAAGAAUUAUUGAUAGCUAUACAUAACAUUCUCAUGCUCAAAAAGGUAGUUUAGCUGCUGUAAGAAAUUUGUCGUACAGUGGGCCUGUUGCAAACUUUUGGCUGAGCAUGAGAGCAAAAAUAUGAGAUGUUUCCUAUAGAAAAUGUCUCAAAAAUCAUGAUGAGCGCAUCAGCAAAUUCUGAAACGCACAUCAUAUUGAACAGGGGUUGAAUGGAACUACUCCUCUAACAAAAUGUUGACCUGUGCGGUGGUGUCGUUUUUGAAGCGGGAAGUGGGACGAUUCCACGGCACAGGUCAACAUUUUGUUCCAUUCAACCCCUGUUCAAUAUGAUGGUUUGUAAUACUCAUCAUGGCCGAUGCUUCUGCGCGUAAGUCGAGGGGAGCACAAGGUCAAUCAAGGCGAGUAUCUCUCAACAGUCUCAAUGCGAGGAAAAUGUGAAUGUAAGUUCGCCAAUUGUUAUCAGGUGGUUAGAAUCUCGCUCCAUCACUCGUGUUUUGGCGGAUUGGCGUUGGCCAGUUGAAUAUAUAAUCAGAAGAAGACCUGGAUGCUCAGAAACUUAGUUAAGAUAUUAAGUAUUGAUAGUGUUUUGGCCUUCUAUCAUGCUAGCUUGGAAUCAUUGCUAAGAUAUGGAAUAAUUCUAUGGGGUAGAAGCCCUGAUUCACAGGAUGUAUUUGUGAAGCAAAAAAAAAUGAUUAGAAUACUAUUUAGAAAGCCAUAUGAUUAUAAUUGUAAAGAUCUCUUCUGCACAAACAAUCUAAUGACAGUCCCCUCGCUAUACAUCUAUGAAACCAUCAAAUUGGCUAUCUCCUACAACUUUAUAAAUCAGGAGGAUUUAACACCUAAGCAUUCAUAUAAUAGCAGGCACUAUAAUAUAACUAAUCUUAGAAUAAGACUUACCAAAUCAGAAAGCAAUGUAAAUUUCUCUGCUAUACAGCUCCUUAAUGCCCUACCGCUUUCACUAAAACUAUCAUUUAAAAAUGACUAUCCAAAUGUAUUCCUUAAACUUCUUAAAAAAUUCUGCCUAGAAAAAGUGUUCUACCACAUAAAUGAGUUUCUAGGUGAUAGCUAAAUACAGAGAUGUCCGAGUGAAGAUUGUCUCUAAGGAAUUUCUGUAUAUAACUGUUAAAUACUCAACAAUUGGAAACUAACCUAUUAUUGUUGUAAAUUUUAUUGUACAUGUGUUUAAAUUAAGUGUUUUGAGGACAACACCUGACAUGUACCAUAAGCAGUCUCAACAGCUUUGUAUGUACUUAAUUGAAUAAAUAAAGAAUAUUGAGUUGCAUCCUAUU